GCAAGCCUUUUUAUCAAUGCAAAUAACUAUUACGGACUUUCUCAUCCGAUCUUUUCAGAGCAUUAGUCCUGGCCUUGUCAACACAAAUUUAUCUGCAGGGCACUCUGAGGAGAUAAAAAAAGACUUUUACGAGAAAGUACCGACUAUUCAACCGAAAGACGUAGCGGAUGCGCUCAUUUAUGCUCUUGGAACGCGACCGGAAGUUCAGAUUACGGAGCUUACUAUCCAGCAUACCUGGGAGCUUCCAUGAAGAAUAUCUUCGGUAAGAUGCCCGUCUUUUAAAGCGUCAACAACUUUACAAGAAACAACUUUAUGCUAAUAAUAAAGAAACUCGAAGCCUGUAAAGUCUAAGUUUCCCUCACUUUUUCAUGUUGCUUUACAUUCUUUAAAUGAAUAUAAAAUUUUUUACGCCCAAAUUGUUCUCCUUUUUUCUAUCGUAACACUCGCGUCUACGUUGCACUUAACAAUUUCGCUAAUAAUAUUCUUUCUUAAUGUACGUCCAUUCAUAUCUCAAACGCGAAGACAAGCAAUCCAAUAAAAUCUGCGACAACAA